AAUGCCGCCGCUGCUGCGGCAUUUAUGCAUAUACAAAGGAAGAGAGAAAGAAAGAAAGACCAAUCUCAAAAAAAGGAAAAGAAAAGAAAAGAAAGAAACCGUGUGUGGUGACGAGAAAGAGGGAUCUAGAGAGAGAGACAAUGUCAAUGGCGAGUGCACCUCCGAUGUCAGCUUCUCCUCGUGAUGAUGCAAUGCAAUUGCACCGUGCUUUUAAAGGAUUUGGCUGUGAUGCAACAACAGUAGUAAAUAUUCUUGCCCAGCGAAAUGCAAUGCAGCGUCCUCUCAUCCAACUAGAAUUUAGAACUUUGUAUUCUGAAGACCUCAACAAACGUUUGUCUUCAGAGCUUAGCGGCGAUGUUAAGAAAGCAGUCUUGCUUUGGAUGCAAGAUCCAGCAGGACGUGAUGCAACCGUUGUGAGACAAGCUUUAAGUGGAAAUAAAGUCAAUGUCAGAGUUGCUACUGAAGUAAUAUGUUCUCGGACUUCACACCAGAUACAACAAUUCAAGCAAGCGUAUCUUGCGAUAUUUGGUGCUUAUCUGGAGCAUGAUAUUGAACAUCAAGCUUCUGGUGAUCAUAAAAAGAUGCUGCUUGCAUAUGUAGCUAUGCCACGCUAUGAAGGCCCAGAAAUUGAUACAAUGAUUGUAGAGAAUGACGCCAAAGCUCUGUAUAAAGCUGGGGAGAAGAGGAUAGGAACUGAUGAGAAGACUUUCAUACGCAUUUUCAGUGAAAGAAGUAGGGCACAUUUGGCUGCUGUUAAUUCCGCAUACCACAAGAUGUAUGGACAUUCAUUGGAAAAGGCAAUAAAGAAGGAAACAUCUGGGAACUUCACAUAUGCCCUUUUGACAAUCUUGCAGUGUGUUGAGAAUCCUGGGACGUUCUUUGCAAAGGGAUUGCACAAGGCAAUGAAAGGCAUGGGAACUGAUGAAACAUCACUAACAAGGAUAAUAGUGACAAGGGCUGAAAUUGAUAUGCAGUAUAUAAAGGCAGAGUACCACAAGAAAUAUGGGAAAUCAUUGAAUGAUGCUGUCCAAUCAGAGACAUCGGGACCCUACAAGGCCUUUCUUCUCUCUCUCAUAGGCCCCAAUCAUUAGAAAAGAAAAAGAAAGAGAAGGUAUUGUUAUAUCCCAGAAGUGAAUAAUAACAUAAGGUGUGGAUCUUGAUUAUCUUACGAUUCGGCCACAUUUAGAAUAGGUCUACGUUGUGCAUUGUUUGGUUAGCAGCUAGAAUUUGGACAUUUGUUCGACAGUUUUUUCAGGAAUGCUGUGUACUGUGUAAGUCACAAGAAAUAGCGAACUUGUUGAUUUGUUUGAUUGAAGAUUCUUGGCUACACCCGGCUGGUCUGUCCUACGAAUUUUCGUGAAGGUUCCCUGAAGUUUCUUGUGGACCCUGCAUGUGUGCAUGUUAUUUUGUAGUUUCUGUUACUAUAUAUUUGAUCUUUGUGUUGUGUUUUUUGUGUGUUUGUGUUUUGGGUUGGUAGGUGCUGAUUUCUGAUGUAAAAUUCGUUGCUACAUUGUAUUUGUGUUUUUAAUAUAAUGACCAUAUGUAUUCUUUCAUUUCUCA